UUCGUCUGCUAUCUUCUGAUUGUGCGCACUGCGGAGUGCGGAGGGGCGUUCGCGAGUUUUUUUCGAGUUUUUUCUUCUUUUCACCUUCUAACUUGUGUUUCCCCCCUUUUUCUACAUGUUGUUACGACCGCAAUUUUAAACUAAUUUAGGACACACGUUAACAUUAUCUUCAAAAUGGGUUUUUUGGAAAGAAAUUACCUCAGAAAGGAACAUCUCGACGGAUUCGACAAUUACAAGUACAGUGCAGUAGACAACAGCCCCCUCAGCAAAUGGGUUAUGCACCCGUUCUGGAAUGCAGUCGUCAAAAUCUGCCCAGAAUGGGUGGCCCCAAACCUAUUGACAUUUGUUGGGUUUUUGUUCACAGCUGGCAAUUGGGUAAUGCUUGGCUAUUAUGACUACUAUUACUAUGCCUCAUCAGAAGGACACUCUCACAUACCCAAUUGGGUUUGGUUAGUCUGUGCCAUUAAUCACUUUCUUGCACACACUCUAGAUGGAAUUGAUGGUAAACAAGCCAGAAAGACACAGAGCAGCACACCUUUAGGAGAACUAUUUGACCAUGGAUUGGAUUCUUGGACUUCUUUCUUUAUACCUGCAGUUUUGUAUUCUGUAUUUGGAAGAGUGGAGCAUACCAUAUCAGUUCUUAGGCUGUACUUCUGCCUAAUUAAUGUGCUCUUCACAUUCUUAUCAUCUCACUGGGAAAAGUACAAUACCGGCGUCUUAUUUCUACCUUGGGGAUAUGAUGUGUCCCAACUGUGCACGUUGAUCAUUUAUUUGGUUACAUUUUCUGCUGGUUACGAGUUUUGGAAAUUCACAUUGCCAGGUGGCAUCACCGCCGGAGCGUGUUUCGAAUUGAUGAUGUGGGGUGGGUCUCUUCUAACUAGUCUGCCAGUUACUUUCUACAACAUGUACAGAGCCCAUCGCGAUGGAACGGGCAAGAAUCGCACCUUUUGGGAAGGUAUGCGUCCGCUCGUGUGUCCCUUCAUGUUUUUCUCGAUGACCACCUUAUGGGUUUUGGCUUCGCCUACAAAUAUCUUGGAGGCCGACCCACGCUGCUAUACUUUUAUGGUUGGUAUCGUGUUUUCCAACAUUUGCUGCCAAUUGAUCGUCGCCCAGAUGAGUAACACUCGAUGCGAAAUUUUCAACUGGUUGUUGAUUCCAGUGGGUGUCGCCGUCGCUUCUGCCCUAUUGUUGCCCAGUUCGUGGCAUCUAGAACUGCCCAUUCUUUACUCGUUGACGGCCUUCACUUUCCUUGCUCACGUGCACUACGGUGUCUGCCUUGUACGCCAAAUGUGCAGACAUCUCAAUAUUUGGUGCUUCCGACUGAAGCAAAGGAAAGAUUGACUUUUAGCCGACAGUGCUUGCUAGUCUCUGCUUCUAUGUGGCCCACUCUACGCGGUAUGAGAAAACAAAUGACUUUUGAUUAAGAAGACAGAGAAACACCGGCCUGCUUUUUUAGGUUGUGCUACUAUUCGCGAAUAACAGAGAGAGAGAGAGGAGAAAUCUAUGUGUUUUACUGGGUUCUAAUUGAUUUUGUUUAUCAUCGGUGCAAUUAGUUGACAAGAAGAAGGUAGGAGGGUUUAUGUUUCUCCUUGUCUUCCGUUAAAUAUCCGUUUGGGUUUGAGAUAUUGAUACAUAGAUUGCUAUGGGGUAGAUUGGGUUAUUUUUAAGCAGAUGGUUAUUCUAUCCAGCAAGUGCUGUCCCUCGGAAAUAUCAAGUAAAAUAAUAAUUUAAAAAGUGGCAUAGUUUGUGUUUGUGAGCGCCCGGUUAACAAAGCCCCCACCGUCUUUAUUUCCUUUUUUCUUGAUUAACAUAGUCAUAUGACUUGUCACCUUGUCCAACACCUCCUUUCCCAGCAUCAGCACCUACAUUUAAUUUUGUGUUGUUUAUGCCAUCCAAUGAAACUUGACUUCAUAAUUUGUGUGUCCUACCUAAUCACGAAAUCCAACUUUUUGUGUGUAAAAUUUCUAGUGCAGGAAUCCACUUUUGUUAUUAAAAAAAGACAAAACCAA